AUGGCCGCUUCUCUGGGAUCGACCAGGGUGAAGCAGUCUUUGAGCGAGAUUGCGCCAAAACCACCUUCUUCAACUUCGCCCUCAAACGCCUCAACGCCUCAGGACUACACCGUUUUGAAGCCAAAAUCCUGCCUUGCAUGCCGCAAAAGGAAGGUUAGAUGCGACAGGCGACGACCCUGUACCAACUGCUCCCGAUGGUCAGUUGAGUGUAUCUUCCCGUCUCCGAUUCGCAAGUGUCCACGGGUCCGUACGAAACCUAAGACAGGCACCUCCAACGAUCAAGCACUGCACGACCGUAUUUACACGCUCGAAACGCAGAUCUCAGGUUUGACCCAAACUGUCAACGCGCAAGCCGAGAGAAUACGGUCUCUGACCGCUCCCGGGAACUCGCUCUUUCCGUUAAGCCACACCUGGGCGCAUGCUACAAUGUCAUUGCACCCGUCAUUGGCUCUGGGACGGAAAUACUGGCAACUAUUUCUGGAAAAAGUCGACCCAUUAAUCAAGGUGGUGCAUCGACCCAGUGUGUCCCGAAUCCUCCGAGGUGGCUUAAAUGAUCCGACUUCAUUAGGUGAAGGCGAUGGUGCUCUGCUGCAAGUGUUCUAUCUUGCUUGCAUCUCUGCGAUGGAUGCUAUGGACGUACAAUCUAGCUUACAAAUGUCCAAAAGCACGGCACUUACCAUAUACCGUUUGGCAGCCGAACAGGCUCUGGCACGCUCAGGCUUCAUGGCCACCAGUAACUGGACAAUAAUGCAGGCUCUCGUCCUCUUCAUCGCUUUAGAUCGGCUCCAAGAUAACCAAAAGUCUGCUUGGAACCUAGCUGGUCUAGCAGAACGGUUGGACGUUUCAUUGGAAGAAGAUAACUCACUAUUUGGGGCCGAGAUGCGGCGGCGCGUCCGGUGGCACCUGUGGUAUCUGAACCGUCGCAUACGGGGUGAUCGAGGUCAAAGUCCAAGCCUGCCCAGCCAACCCAUGCCAUCCCCAUCGGUCGUUGAACUGCCUCUGAACUGUCACGACUCGGAGCUGCGCACAGACAUGACGGUUUCACUCACCAAUCAACCUGGCUGGACGGAGAUGAGCUUCUGUUUGCUCAGGUAUGACCUUGCGACUACCGAACGGAUAGUUGAAAGCGACGCUUCCUGGCUAUUCAAGACAAGGGCUGUCAGCGAGUGUCAGCACAGACUUCAUUUCAAGUACCUAAACUACUGCGACGGCUCAGAGUCUAUUCACUGGCUUGCCUCUCACAUUGCCUACGUAAUGAUCACGGAGAUGUGGAUGAAACUCUAUAGUCCACAAUUCGCGGCGGUAGACUCGACUGAGACCCUUGAUCACGAUGUUCGAGACCAACUGUUCGAUGCCGCUGUUGAUAUCCUUGACACCCAGAAACGCUUAGAGGUUGAGACUGCCGCUCGUAAAUGGGAGUGGACGCUCGGUGGUUACUUCCAAUAUGUUCCGCUGACAUUCCUGUUGAAUGAGCUCUAUUGGCGUCGGAACGACUCUAGAGUAGAUGCCGCCUGGGAUGUCGCUGAGAGGUCUUUUCAACGUUUGUCCGAGCACGCGCGGAAAUCAACCCACGGGGUCAUGCUGACCGAGCUCAUGUCGAAAGCCUUGUCCGCGAGACAGGAAACCGCAGAUAUCCAACCCUCGGCAGACACCUACCUCGUUUCUGAGCAGGCUAUUGAUGACAUCUUCUCAGUUGGUCCAGAAUAUACAGGGACCAUCAAGACAAUGCCUUCCGACAUGCCCCAGCUGGGGUUACCAGCUGACUGGGCUUUUAAUGUACAACCAUUAUCUGAGUUUGUGACUGAUACUGGCGGUCUGGUGAGAGAAGUAGAAUUUACCUGCAAAUAUGUGGAGUAUAUGACCCUCUGGGCCGCUACCAUUGGUAGGACCCGUCCGCUGGACUCCAUCCAGACAUUGGUUUCAUUCGAAGCGGGCGUGAUUUUUGUUCCUUACGGCCCCGUCCAGCCCGACUCCAAAUCCAUUACCCAGCCACUUCAAUCCAACCGGUGGACUUCAGCAAAGGAUGGCGGUUGCUGA